AUGGGGAGUGCAACACCCCAUGAUGAUGCAGCGAGCGAGGUUUUCGCAAUCUGUCCAGCCGGCGAACUCCCGCUCACCGAUGAGUGCCGCCACUAUGAAGGAAAGCACGAGGUGCCCUGGGACAUACAAAAGUUUGUAAUCAAUGACCUCUACCCUUCGGACCUCUGGCUGACCUUGUUCAGAUACUUUUCCCAGAGAUAUUCCAUCUUUUCGUGGUAUGAUGAAGGCGUGUGCUUGACUGAUGAUGCCUGGUUUGGCGUCACACCAGAACCAGUCGCAAAUGCAAUAGCUGCCGACUUGCAAGACUCAGACCCGUCAAAAACAGUCCUCAUCGAUGCGUUUGCAGGAGCCGGCGGCAAUACCAUCGCCUUUGCUCUUAGUGGUCGCUGGCACCACAUAAUCGCCAUCGAGCGUGACGCCUCGACCCUCGCGUGCGCACAAAACAAUGCGCGCAUUUAUGGUGUUGAUCCCGCCAUGGUGACUUGGGUUCAUGGUGACAGCUUCGACUAUUUGCACACCUUGGUGAACCGACCAGAGACAUUGCACCCGGCGUUAAGACUCGACAUCGCCGCAACGGUUGUGUUCGCCAGCCCCCCGUGGGGAGGCCCGGGCUACCGAUCAGAUGAGAUCUUUGACUUGCGAACCAUGCAGCCAUACAACCUCGAGCAGCUUCACGGUGCAUACCAUCUCAUGGACCACGUCCUGUUUCUGCCCAGGACAAGCGACAUUCGGCAAAUUGCCGGGUUGGCCCCAGAAGGCCGCAAGAUUCCGGUAGUGCAGUACUGCAUGCAGGGUGCUAGCAAAGCAAUGGCGGCCUUCAUCCCUGCGAAGGCAACCCUUCCGUUGAGCGGCCAACAGGCGAGCAGUCGAUCGCAACCAGCAUCAAGAUUGGACCAUUCGGACAACGAUUCAAGUCCCUCCGUUGAAGGCUCUACCAGGCCAAGCCGGUAG